AUGCUGGCCGGUGAAGCAGACACCCAACAGGCUGCAUCGGUGGCCGAAAUGCUUCCACCAAAUCUUGGAAAAAUUAUUAGACAGUCUCAGCAAGACACUCAAGAGAGUCGAGUCCGGUCGCGCCCAAGUUCUACUCGGCAAGGGUUUGUUGUAGCAGAGCAGCGGCUGCGCGAAAACGCUGACUAUAGGGUUCUCUGUGGCAUCUGCCGCAGAUGGGGUGACCGUGAACACCUCAAUGCUCAUGACGGAUUCACUCCACAGUUGAAAUUGAGCGGAUCUUCCGGCUUCAAUUGUCAAACGAAGAUUGGUCGCGCUCGCACCGCGCGGAUGAUAGAGACCAUCAUCCUGCACCUUCCUGUUUCUCUGACCGAGUGCUUGAGCAUUUGCCAUGACUCAGUAGACUGGGUGGCAGGCAGGAUUGCUGAUAGUUGCAGGUAUUUUGAGUCCUGGUUCCCAGCCAGCUUCAUGGCACUAAUCAACGAAAAGGCAGAAAUGAUGGGCCGUGAAAAACUCCUUCUACCCCAGGACUCCCCUGAGGACGUGCGGGACGAUGAGGAUUGGAGUAUUGACAUAAAUACCGGCCGUGCACAGAGCAAAAAAUGGUCUAAGGAGCUGUACAGUGGAGCAAAAACACCAUCUAUAGAUUUUUACGACGACACUGAAGAUAUAUCUGCUAGAGAUCUUCUUGCUAAAUUGACUGCAGAGCAAGCCUCACAAGAACAGCAGGCCAAUCAAAUUGUGAAGCCACAUGUAUAUCAUCAGGCACGGUCUAGACCGGGCUUUUCAUACAACUUUGUAGACAGAACCAAGGACUUCUAUUUGAACUCUCGGUGUCCACACGGAGAGGCACAGCAAAUAUUAUCAGACGCCGCAAACGAGGCCAUCUAUGGAGCGCGGCAGCCGAUACUCAACCAUACACCCAUGCGGCCUGCAUCACAGCAGCUUACUAGGGCAGAACAAAUUAUUUACAAGACUGUUUACUCAAAGCCCACUCGUAUCAUCGACCAGGCACCAAAAAAUAUCAAACCAUUAACAGCCCCGUACACGUCUUCGUUGGACGCGGCGCGGCAUAGGUAUGAGCUAUAUAAAAACAUACUUGCAUCUGGAGACAGACAGGUCAACACAGCUGGCAGGACCUUCCGGAGUAUGAAUUCCUCAUCGGUACGGCUGGCAGAAGAAGCCUUACACCUUAAUGAGCUGGAAGCAGAAAUAAAAAUGAAUGUCAAAGCUUAUCACGAGGGCCGCGUGAGAGCCAAGUCUGUUCACGGCACUAUGGUUGAAAGUCGGCGCUACGGAGCAACAGGCUUUAAAGAAGUGCAGAUGGGCCGCGGUGUCGUCGUUGUUCCAGACUACUUCACUCCACAGACUCGACGACACACAAAAGCGCUGUAUGAACAGUAUAAUAAUGAGUAUGACUUUAGUACCACAGAAAUAGACCAACCAGACGAGCUCCUGGACUUCAACGAAGACUUUACCGGCCUUGGAAUAGCCAAACUUAACCAAUCAAAGCUUCGAGCGUUGGCAGGAAUCGUUACCAGUCCAAAGUAUGCUGAGACGGAAGAAGGAGCUGAUGGGGCCCAGGGAGAUGAAUCUGACAACGAUCUGGAGGACAGCGACGACUCUGUGGACAAAGCCAAGAAGCGUUCUAUGGGGAAGAAUGGCAUCUCUGCAGCCAAUGCUUUCAUAUAUCGUAAAGCCAUAGCAGAGUAUGUGACCUCUCAAGUUAACCUUCCUCAGUAUGACAACAAGCUCCAGCCCAUGAUUUUCCCUCAGGAUACUGAGAAGUCGGGUGCAUUCUACUCCAGUCCUCAGCAGUCAAUGGCCGCUGCUGGAGAUCUAAAGACUAAGGAUCUUCUGUCAGGAGGAAAACACGGCUUUGAUCCUCGUUUGUAUCAAGUACUUGACGCAUCUAAGAACAUAUUGAAUAAUGAAGAUUUGCUCUUAGACAGUGACAGCGAGGAUAACUUAGGUCGUCGUCCGGCGAAAGCACUCCCGGAUCAGCAUCUCUACGAAGACCUCUAUCUUGAUUCCGACCCAUCCGAUCCUGAUGCUCCUGCUCAGGAGGACAAGAUAGAGGCCCCCGAGUUAUCAUUUGUCCGUGAAUCUGUUAUACUGGAAGGAGUCAGGGACACGCUCGCCCCGAUAGCAGACAUCGCUAAAGAUCCAAAAGGCUUGCUGAUAACACCAGAUCCCGUCGGCCCUCUUAUUAUGAAGCAAGCAGCUAGUAUGAAGGCCAAAGCCAUCAAAGCAGAAGUAGCAGCUAGAGAAGAGCAGGCUGCCUUAGCAGCAAAGCUUGCACGAGAAAAGGCACGAAAGGCAGCUGAAGCUAAUGAAAAGACAAAGAAUUCUAAAGGUACCAAAGCACCCAAGGUUAAAAAGCAAUCUCAAGGGCCAAGCGUCACAGACACGAUGUCCAAAUAUACAGCAUCGGGAGCCCCGGUUAGCUACGAAACUAUGGCGGCAGAUACUUACAAAGCUGCAGCUAUAGUCGAAGAGCUGGCACAGAACGCGGAGGCUGUACGGAGCCUUGCCGAUGCCGAGAUAGAACGAUCAAAGCAGCGUGAAGAGGCUUUUGUUGAGAAACAGCGCGUAGAGAUGCGGAAGACCGCUGCUUUCAAUGGUCUCACGGAGGCGUGUAAGAAGGUUGCAGAGAGAACGGGAGACCUGAACUCUAUGAGGACUGCAGGCAUCACGCACGUCGCCAAGGCACAUCUAGGUAACACUGUCUUUUACAAGCCGGGCCUAGAGAAGUAUGAGCGGCAGCGUCUGUCUGACGAAGAAGCAGAAGAUAAUUCAGCAAUUAUCACUAAGAUAGACCUGAGUCUCAAACCGUAUCUUUAUGAUAAUAGUAAGACUCUAGAAAAGCUCAGUAAAAUUACUGAGAUCACAUCAACUCCACUUCGCAAAGAAGACGAUGGAACUGUGCCCCUGUUCGAACGAACGUAUCAGCCCAUCAACGCUGCAUCCCGCAAGCCAGGGUGCACGGACAUGACUCUGCCAUAUAUAGAGCAGCCUACAAGUGCGCCAUCCUUAUUUCAACGGACGAUGAUGGGUCGGCAUCUCAGUGGCAUGCAGUUUAAAGAAGACAUGUAUGACUACACCGAGUCCGGUUGUGCUCCGCCGUUUGCACCCGAUAUCGGCUCAGUAGCCUCGACCGUCACCGCUGAAGUCAGCGCACGAAAUGCCCAGAGGACCAAGCCCCUCCCGCAACCAAAUCGGAAAGAGAUACGUACUUUCUUUGAUGACCGUGCCAUCAACACUGCCAAUCCACAAACACAAGUAUUUAAGAUGCAAAGCAUUGAGACAGACUCAAGUCUGAAAGUGGACGGGGCAGUAGCUUCUGCACAAAACAUCGCCUCCUUAUUCACUCUCAACACAGACAAAAGCCAGAAGCUGAACGCUGCUUUAGUAAAGCGUGACUUGGCACGAAGGAAUGCUGAUGCCAAGGUUAUGAGCUCAAGUGGACUUGAUGAGUCUACCCUGCCAGACAUAGACCUUGGCGCCGAUAAAGCAGCAGCUCUCAGUACAGCAUCUCCCUCAAGGCUAGAUGGCGACUCUGCUGUCACUGAGCAGAUGACCCCCCUGAUUGCACAGGCGGAUAGAACUGUUGCUUUGGCUGGAAUGACAAGAUCUGUCAUAUCUGAGUAUAAGAGCCAUGCAUCUGAGUUCCAGCAGGAGCGAUUAGCCAGCUCAGUGUUUGGUAGACCCGCCGUGUUACCAAGUAUGUCUUUGAUUGGCAGGGAGUUAGCACGUGUCAAGGACAAUAACCUACUGAAAGAUCUUCAGCAAGCGAAUAUUUCUGUAAUCCCUUCACGGAAUGCGACCGUCCCUGCUCUUACACAGCGCGAUAACAAUCCGACGCUGGUCAACAUUGCAUCCAUAAUGUCCCGAAUGAACACGGAUCCAUGUCCUCGAGAGAUCACCAAGAAAGAAAAGAAAGGAAAAAAGAGCAAGAAGGGUAAGAAGGGCACGAAAGGAAGUAAUAAGAAGUAG